CCGCUGACCACCACCACCACGACGUCGACUUCCGGUGCUCAACGCAUCUUCUCUUCUCUUUCACUCACUUUUCAAAGGGCCGCGGCAAGAACUGCGACCCAAAACCAGAGCCUGCUUAGCUGCACGGUUUCCAUAACUACAACUCGCAAUUACGCAAAGAAAAGAGGGAUGCCUCCAAAGAAAGCCGUCAAGGAGGAGAAGAUCCUGCUGGGCAGGCCCGGGAACAACUUGAAGAGUGGAAUUGUCGGUCUUGCAAACGUGGGGAAAUCGACGCUCUUCCAAGCCAUCACCAAAUGUUCACUCGGAAACCCUGCUAAUUUUCCUUUCGCUACGAUUGAUCCCGAAGAAUCUCGGGUCAUAGUGCCGGAUGAAAGAUUUGACUGGCUUUGCGAAAAAUAUCAACCCAAGUCCCGAGUUCCUGCCCACCUUACAAUUUACGAUAUUGCUGGCUUGACUCGAGGAGCUUCAACCGGUGCUGGUCUCGGAAAUGCCUUCCUGUCUCACAUCCGCGCCGUCGAUGCUAUCUUCCAAGUCGUGCGUUGUUUCGACGAUGCGGAGAUUAUUCACAUCGAGGGAGAUGUCGACCCAGUCCGAGACUUGACCAUCAUCAGUGAAGAGCUGCGGAUCAAGGAUAUUGAGUUCACUGAAAAGGCGCUUGAGAACCUGAAGAAGCAAACUCGGAGAGGUGGCCAAAGUCUUGAGAUGAAGAAGCUCAGGGAAGAAGAGGCCACUGUCGAGAAGAUCCUUGCUUUACUAAAGGAUGGUGGAGAUGUCCGAAAAGGCGACUGGACUGCUAAGGAGGUUGAGGUCAUCAAUCCUCUGUUCCUCCUUACAGCCAAGCCAGUUGUCUACCUCGUCAACUUGAGCGAGAAAGACUACGUCCGGAAGAAGAACAAGUAUCUUCCAAAGGUCAUGGAGUGGAUUAAACAGAACGCAGCCGGUGACCCAAUUCUGCCUAUCUCCGUCUCUCUUGAGGAGCGUCUAUCACGCUUGGAGACUGAGGAGGAAGUCCAGAAGGAACUCAAGGAACUGGGAGUUGAUUCCGCGUUACCUAAAGCCAUCACCGCCAUGCGGAAGGUCUUGAACCUGGGCAGCUUCUUCACAACAGGUCCAGAUGAGGUCCGGCAAUGGACAAUUAGAAAUGGAACCAAGGCGCCUCAAGCUGCCGGAGUUAUCCAUGGCGAUUUUGAGAAGACCUUCAUUCAGGUUAUUGUGUACAAUUACUCGGUUCUCAAAGAGUUGGGUGAUGAGGCGGAGGUCAAGGCAAAGGGUAAGGUGCUAACCAAAGGGAAGGAUUACGUUGUGGAAGAUGGAGACAUCAUUUUGGUGAAGGCUGGCGCAGCCAAGUCAUAA